AUGGGGGCAGUUAACGUUUAUGGUCACAUCAUGCGAAACGAAGAAAGGAAUGGAAAAUAUAACAACUACUGGAAAGACUGCAGGGAGAAGAGAUCGCGGUCAAUUACUAAUUACAUUCGUGAAGUCCUUGUGUCACUUGUUGGAUAUCACUACAUUUUAACUGCUACAAAAUUAAGAGAUAGCCGAAACAAAAGAACCAAAAACAUCAGCAGAUAUAAAAAACAAAUUGAAAAGAUGUCAUCAAAAUUAAAAGCAAAAUUUGACCAGGAAGUUAUUAAACUGGAUAAGCAAUUUACUGGUGAACUGGAAACGCUGAGGUUAAAAAUAAAAGAAAAUAGACAAAAGAGUCACGUCGGUAUUUCCGACAGCAAGUAA